AUUAUUAUAUGCUGAAUAUUCAAACCGAAUCCGGACAGAGUCCCCAAGAAGCUAUCAGAAUGCGUGAAGGACGUUUAUCCCUACUAUGGAGGUCAAACUCUUUAGAUGGCAUUGAUAGACACUAUAAAGGCAAGCAAAGUCCUAACUUUGACGGAGGCGCUAGGAUGCCUUUAGAUAGGCUCUUUACACGAACACACAAAAAGAACAGAAUGCCACGCUCAAAGAUUUUUAGCUGUAUGAACUAUCUUCGUGUUAAGAGUGCAAAGAAUGAAGAAAAUGUUGCUCCAAAACCCGCCUUUACCAAGGAAUUUACAGAGCUGUUAAAGCAAGACCACGUCUCAGCUCUGAAGACACUUGAUCUUUCGUUUCAUUGUUAUGAUUCCUACGAAUAUGAUUCCAUCGAAGAAGAUCCGAUCAGAGAAGAGGUUAAUCCAGAAUGUAACCAUCACAAUCAACAUGCCAGGUUACAUUGGAGCCAAGAGCGUCCCUCUAAGGUUGUUCAGGUGAAGCGUCGUAAGAGAGUACGUUUGCCUCCAAUAUCCAAGCCCCUUCAUGACCUGCCUAGCCAAAGCGUCUCUCAGAAGGCGAGACAGGACCUUAAAGGUCCAGCUCCAAAAUCUAAAAAUUCCUUCUUGAAGCAGACUAUAAAGACGAGGCUUUGUCAGAACAGCAUCUGCUUCAGAAGUAAGUUACUUCUGAAGUCUGCUGAUCUCUAUUAGCCCUCAGGUAGUCUGGAUGGCCAGGAAGGAUACAUCACAUGGGGCUAGAACCCAUGUGUAUAAUAUAGCUGUAAUAUAGCCCAUUGACACAUAAUUUUCCUGUCGCCAUGCUUUAAGC